AUGGAGGCAGAAGAGAGGACGGAUGGCACAGGCGGGGAAGUUGCAGAGGGUAGCAGGUCGAUGCUUGUUCUUUACGGCACGGAAACUGGCAAGAGCCAGGAGAUCGCCCAAGAGAUCGGUAGAGCAGCAGAGGGGCUGCGCUUUCAGACGCAGGUGGAGGAGAUGAACGAUGUGCCUCUGAAAGAGCUAGCCCACUGCUCCCUUGCCAUAUUUGUUACUUCGACGACUGGGCAAGGCGACAUACCGGCCAACGCCACCUCCUUCUGGAAGAGCAUUUUGAGAAAGAAACUACCCGCAGAUUGUCUGAGCCACCUCAGGUUCACCAGCUUUGGCCUUGGUGAUAGCUCCUAUCAAAAGUUCAACUGGGCUGCGAGGAAACUGCACAAACGUCUCCUGCAACUGGGCGCCGCCGAGCUCUGCCCCGCCGGAGAAGGGGACGAGAGGCACGACAACGGCAUCGACAGCAUUUACCUACCCUGGUUUGAGACUCUCAAGGCCCGUCUUUCUGCCGAGUUCCCACUCCCACCGGGCAUUGACCCCAUACCAGACGACGUCCUUCUUCCCCCAAAGUACCCCAUUGAACUGGCCGAGAUGGAUCCCAUGUCGGACGAAGAGCGCUGGGAGGCGAAUCGUGAGAAGCAUGCAGCGCUCAGUCAUGUUGACAGUCCCAAGAGCCAAAGGGAAGAACGUGAUGACGAGGCUCGUCGACGUUCCGAUUCCUCAGGCAAGACUUUUCGAAGCGACCUUUUCGGCGACCAGUCCAGCAAUGAUCACGUCUUCUUCAAUCCUGACAAGGACAACAUCCUGAAAGACUAUCCCAGGAAGUACGACCUUCAGUCUACCGGAAACGACGAGAAGCUGCUCCAUAACGAGGAUCUACCUCCGCCAAAGCCAAUCGCGUACCCCCAGUCUUAUCAAGCACAACUGCUCCGCAACAACCGUGUUACUCCUGAGACUCACUGGCAAGACGUGCGCGUGCUCGCGAUUCGCGUCCAUAGAACGCCUUGGAACGAUAAUUUCCUGCCGCCUCUUAUGCCCGGUGACACACUAACCAUCUAUCCCAAGAACUUUCCUGCCGACGUAGAGGAGUUCAUCCAUCUGAUGGGUUGGGAGGGCAAGGCAGACAUGCGCAUAGUUUGGCAAUACAGCACAACUGCAACUGAGAAGGCUCUGACAAACGUCAAGGUUGGAGGCUUACGGUGCCCCCGAAAUCUUCACCCACCAAAGAACGCGACCAUGCGCGAUCUGCUCAUCCACAAUAUCGACUUCAAUUCGAUUCCUAACCGGACUUUUCUAAAGGACCUACGGCGCCACACCGUAGACGAGCGCGAGAAGGAACGCUUGUCGGAGCUCACAUCGGAGGCGAACAGCCAGGAGUUCUACGACUACACGUCUCGCCCUCGGCGUACAAUCCUAGAGGUGCUCCGCGACUUCCCUGGUGUCAAGAUACCGAUGGAUUACGCCUUGGAGACGUUUCCCUUAAUCCGUGGGCGGGCUUUCAGUAUCGCCAAUCACAGCGAUUCCCACGAAUCAUCCAAGGCAAAGUACCACGAUGUUGAAAUCCUCGCGGCGAUGGUCGAGUACAAGACGAUUAUACGCAAGCCUAGACAGGGUCUUUGUUCAAGGUAUCUCAAGUCCUUGAAGAAGCCAGGAACAAUAUUGGCUGUGGGGCUCACCAGAAAUCCUCAUCCUCCACCACGCGGCGAGUACAAUGUUGAGCGGCCACUUAUAGCCAUUGGCACCGGAACCGGCAUUGCCCCAAUCCGCAACCUCAUCCAGGAGCGCAAUCUUUACCACGUCGUGGGCCAAACACUGCUAUUCUUUGGCGCGCGGAGCAGGGAAGCCGACUACUACUACGGCUACGAGUGGGAGACAUACGACAACGUUCGUGUCUUCGAGGCCUUUUCGAGGGACCCCAUUGCCGAGUCUGACAUGCCCUUCCUCGACCCUUACUCCCAGAAGAAGCGGGAUGCACUCAAGCCCGAAUCCGACAAUUUGUCUGCUGCGGAGCCCAUGAACGCCGAGAAUACACCGUGGGUGCAGAGCGUCGACUACGACCGUGGAAAGAUGUACAUCCAGCACCAGAUACGGCGGCACGCAGAAGACAUAUGCGCUGUUCUUGAUCAAUCCAAUGCACUACCGAUCUUCGUGAUCUGUGGAAACGCGGGCAGGAUGCCGAUUUCUGUGCGCCGUGCGCUGGAGGAUGCACUGGUCAUCGGGGCCAAGGCGAAGGAUAACGAGGCGGCGAAACGUUUUCUUCAGGCCGUAGGAAUAUGGAUGGAGACCUGGUAG